AUGACUCGUUGGCUGCGCUUUAUUGGUUUCUCUGUGAUCGGCCGAAUUGUUGGCGGUCGAGUGAAACGCGAGAGAAAUGAAACCCUUCGACAACUCAAGCUCCAACGCUGUGCCUUUCUAAACUCAAACAAUGAGAACGUUGAAGUGAAAAGAGAUGGAAAUGGUGAAGAAGCGGAAAAAGAUGCGUGGAGAGCCCUUUCGCAUGUUGUCGAUCGUUUCUGUUUUGCGGCUAUUCUAACGAUUACCGCUUCGACUGCGAUUGGCCUUCUCAUCUUGGCCCCUCAAUUCUCGAUUCGGUCUUUUGAAAGUGAAAAA